AUGCCACCCUCACCAAACUCUGCCCAUUUGUGCCUUCCUAACCACUCCAAGACUGUCCGCAGGCCUUUCCCUUUGUCUCAUGGAACAACAACACUGGGUUUUAUCUUCCAAGGUGGGGUAAUUGCAGCUGCAGACACUCGUGCCAGUGCUGCGGGGCUUGUUUGUUGUCCUGCUGCUCAUAAGAUUAACCCCAUUCACUCCCAUUUAGUUGUUGCCUCUUCUGGUAGCGCCGCAGACUGCAUGCUGUGGGAGCGAAUUCUGAUUAGAGAGAUCAGACUCUACCAACUGAGGCAUGGACGUCGCCUUUCGAUACGUGGCACAGCCAAGCUCCUCUCACUCAUGCUGCACCCUUUUAAAGGUACUGAGGUAUGUGUGGCUCUUACUCUCUGUGGCUGGGAUAAGAAAGGCCCAAAACUAGUAUAUGUGUGCAGCGAUGGAGCUCGACUGCAGGGAGACAUCUUCUCUGUGGGCUCAGGUUCUCCGUAUGCUUACGGGGUUCUGGAUGGAGGCCUGAGGUGGAACCUGAGUAAAGACGAAGCCUUCUCCUUGGCAAGAGAAGCAGUGUUCAGAGCCACUCACAGAGACGCAUACUCAGGAAACAACGUGGACCUUUUCCACAUCACAGCCCAGGGAUGGAGCCAAAGAGAGAGGGAAGAUCUGAAAGAGGAAUAUUACAGAGACAUGGCAAGGAGGAGUAAAGAUAGAAGAGAAAAGAGAAAGAGUGACGAAACUGAAUGCUGCUAA